AUGUAUGAGGCACCAUCUGAUACAAUUUCUUUAACAGAAAAUCCUAAAGGACCAAUCAACACUGGUGAGACAUUGCAUGUAACGUGUUCUGUAUCUGGUGGUAAUCCAUUAGCCACUAUAACAUGGAAUUGUAGUGGCACUACUGUCAAAAAAUCUUUCGACAAGGUCGCUUUGUUGAAUAUAUCAUUCACAGUUGGAAAACAAGACGAUGGAGUUAGAUGCACAUGCUAUGCCAGCCACAUCAUAGCGACGUAUAACGCUACAGCUGAAAAAGUUAUCAUUAUAGAAGUGUAUUAUCCACCAGACAGUCAGCCUACAAUACAGCAAAUAAUACCUGGUCCAGUUGAUUCAGGAAGCUCCGUAUCACUGAAUUACUCACUUUCCGGAGGUAAUCCCUUAGCUUCACUCUCUUGGGACUGUAAAGGAACAACACACAAUUCAUCGUCCAGCACUAAAACAGAGUACAUUGUAACGUUCACAGUAAACAAGAACUUUGAUGGCAGAGUUUGCACCUGCUCUGCAACACAUCCUAUUGAUUCUUAUAGACCGAUUGCACAGCACCAGUUGAUUGUGUUUUAUGAACCAGGUGAACCAAAGUUAAUUUUAGGAGAAGGAUUUCCGUGGUUUGUAGGAAACACAAUAACAGUUAACUGUUCAGCUGAUGCUGGUAAUCCGUGGGAAGCAGUGUACAAAUGGAUGAUAGGUGGACAGAUACUGAUGGAAAACAAGUGUAUUAUACAAAUUGGACCAAUGUCAUUUGAACACAAUAAGCAGGAACUAGGCUGUUCGGUUAACAACAAUUACACAUUGAGGAACGACAUUACAUUGAAACCUGCAUUUUUGAAACUGAACAUUGAAUAUUAUCCUGAGAUUAAAUUCGACAGAUUCCCAGUAUAUGCAAUAGAAGGCAAAAAUACUUCGAUUACUUGCAACACACACGGCAAUCCUCUUUCGAACACUCAAUGGGUAACCAAUGGUAUAGAAAUGACACAACAACAGCAAAACCAGUCGGUAUUAUAUCUAUCCGACAUCAAUCGACUUGAUGAGAAAAAAAAUUAUACAUGUAGAGCUAUUUCCAAUAGUUCCAAAUAUGGCAUAUUGACAACAAAUAAAGAUUUAAGUAUAGUUGUUUUCUAUAACACAAGUGUAACCAAACUUGAAAUUUUAAAUGGUUCGACAUUUUCUGAAAACCAAAGAGCAAUAUUGCGAUGUCAGGUUACUGGAAAUCCACUACCAAACGUAACUUGGUAUUUCAUAUCAAAUGAAACAAAAACGAUACUACAAAGACAAGACGGGAUUGUCGACAGCAGUUAUACCAUCAACACUACUAACUGUCUUCAUACAGGAAUAUAUGAAUGCUCAACUCAAAAUACAGUUCAUUGGACGAAAGUAACGAAUAGUAAACAAUCCGAGCUUUAUGUUACAUGUGCACCACGUUUAGAUAAUCGUUACAGAAACCUUCAAGCCAUAGUGACCGCUGACAUUGGUACUGAUUUGAAUCUAACAAUAUUUAUUGUUGCCUAUCCACCACCUGAGAUUCGUUGGGUGUUUACCAAUACAAUAAAAUAUAAAAACUUCAAACGGACCACCAGAACAUACACCUCUACCAUGUAUAUUAAUAAUAUUUCAAGCUCGGAUUUGGGGAUUUAUACGAUGCAUGCAUAUAAUAACAAGGGUGAUUUAUUCAUUCAUUCAUCUGUUUCAGAAAAAGGAACACCUACAGCACCUAUAGAUAUUAAUAUCAUAUGUAAGGCAAAGUCUCUGCAUAUUUUAUGGGUGUCUGAAUUCAAUGGUGGACGAGAACAAACAUUCUUUGUCGAGUAUUGGAUUUCUCAAAAGGCAAAAAACGUCACUAAAUCGGGACCAAUAGUGGAUCUUGGGAAAUCAAAAACUGUUAAAUACGUCGUAAAAGGAAUAUUGCCAGGAACAAAUUACAGCGUUCGAAUCUCAGCCUCUAAUUUCAAAGGUAGAUCGGUAUCAGAAACGAUGAAUUGCAUCACUGAUUUUGAACUCAACUUUAAAAUAAAACAAGAUGCAAGCAAUGGUUUUGUGUAUACUGGUAUUGCCAUGCUUAGUAUUAGUACAACUCUUAUUGUAGCCAUCUCCAUAAUAUUUUUUAUACGGUUUAAAAAAAAUGCACUUAAAUCAAUAAGGAAUAGUACAAAUGACAAAUCCUCAGGUCAAGAGAGACAUGAUUCACUUGAAUCAUUUGCACAAGAUGGCGUUGAAGAGACAACUACAGAAAGUACCCCCAAUAUCGGCGAUACCGGGACAGAUAUGGACAACGACUUAGUUGCACACAGUUAUGAAAGUCUUCGACAAGAAAAUGGUGACACUGAAUUAGAUUAUGUAAACAGACCGGGAUUAUGCAGAAAUGUUGAUGAACACAAAUAUGAAGAUUUCACUCCUCAGAGAACAGAUACAGCAGAUAUUCGAUGUGAUCAAAGGAAUGCCACCAAUGACGAUUCCUCGACUCUGCUUAGUAGUGGUUUCUCGGAAAUCGUCGAACAAAAUAGAGAAGAUACAGAAAGCUUCCUUAAUAUUGGUUCUUCCGAAACAGAUAUGGACAUGGACUCAGCUGCACACAGGUAUGAAAGUCUUCAACAAAGAUACGAUGCUUCUGAAUUAUAUGAGGUAAACAGACCUGGAAUAAGCAGGAAUAUUGUAAACGUUGGUGGAGAUGAACACAAGUGUGAAGACCUUACCCCGUCAAGAACAGACUUGCAGAAUGAGAUGAAUGAUACGACUAGAAGAGAAAUCUAUGAAAAUACAGACUUCGUCAAAUAAUUAUAUCUGAUUAAGAUUAUCUUAGGUUUAAUAUUGUAAAAUUCUCUUAUAAAAUAAAAAUAAC